GAGGCUCAAAAUUCUAACAAAGAUAAUAAUACUACUUUUAAUUUCAGUCAUAAAAAAAUAAAAACUGUUCCAAAAGAAAUUAUAAAUAUAAUCAAAGACAAAGCAUCCAGGAAUUUAUAUUCAUUUUUUCAUAAAAAGACUUACUAUUUUUAGACUAACUCUUGGACAUAAUCAACUAAGUUUUUUUCCUGAUGAAAUAGGAAAAUUAUCACGAUUAAGAUAUCUCAAUAUCCGUGCAAACAUAUUUAAAGAAUUCCCAGUUAUUCUUUGCGAUCUACCAUCUUUAGAAAUUCUUGAUAUAAGUAGAAACAAAAUUCGCUAUCUGCCUAAUGAAUUUGGCAAUCUCAUGUUCUUAAAAGUUCUUUCGAUUUCAAGAAAUAAAUUAAAAGUAUUACCCAUAUAUAUCUCAAAAAUGAGCAAUCUUAAAAUCCUAAAAAUUGAUCAUAACCCAAUAACAUUUCCACCAAAAGAAAUCAUACAUUUUAAAGGAGGAGAAAAAGAAAUGCUUCCUUGGCUUAAUAAUAUAAAAUCAUUUCUAUCUAGUCAUGAAGAGUAUUUUAAUGAUCAUGGUGAAGAACAAUACCUAACCAGUGAAGGAGAAAAAGAUAAUUUUUUCAAUAUAUAUCAAAAGGAAAAAAAAAUAAAUAUGUCUUCAAAAAUACAACAUCCUAUAUUAACUAAUAAAACUACUUCCAUAUCUCUAUCAUCCUCAGAAAAAGGUUCACAAAAAUCAAUAAAAGAUACUCAAGAAAAAGAAGAUACACUUUUUUCAUUUUCAACUUUAUCAACAAGAAAAUCAUCAAAUAACUCUGAAAGUAAGGAUCAUCAGAAUCCGAUUAAGAAAAUAGAAAACAAAAUAAACACUUAUAAUCCUAAAAAAAUAUCUCAUGAUCUUGAAACAAUCAAUAGCUCAAUAAAUAAUCAUGCAACCUUUAAAUUUUCAAAAAAUAAUGUUCAAAAAAAUACAGAAGCUUAUUUCAAACGUUUUUCAACACUUCCAGAAGCUAAACGUAUUCUUCUUAAAUCUAUAGAAGUCAUAGAAACUUCUAAAGGAAUAUUGUUUUCUUUAUCACAAGUUUAUCAAGGAAUAAGACAAUAUAUUGUAUUUUGCACAGAUCCUUCCAUAAAACGAACUAUUAAUCUAUUUCUUUAUACAGCAAAUAUACAUAUUGGAGCAUUAACAAAUGCACUAGAAGAACAUGAAACAAAAGAUCAUUGUAUGGAACCUUCUUUUGUGAUUUCUACAUGCUGUACAUGCAUUGAAGCCUUUAAACAAGUGAUAGGAGCUUUUCAUAAACAUAUAAAAAAAAUAACAAUGAAAGCUGAUAUUCGUUAUACUAGAACUCUCCUUUUAAUACUUUAUGGAGCUACUAUAGAAAUACGAAAUUCUUGGAUGGUUUUAGUAUCAGCAUUACCUCCUACAUCUUUUAAUGUUAACAUAUUUUCUUUCAAAAACCAUUCAUCUGGUAAUUUUGCAUCAUCACAUCACCCUACUUUUAAGUCUCUAUCAAACAUAUCUAUAACAAACUCUGCUGCUCCAACAACAAAUACAUCUAAUAUUAACCAAAAUUCAAUUCCAGUACUAUCUAAUCUAAAUCAAGUAGAACUACCAAAUACACAUACUUCGUCAAUUAUUACACAAUAUUUAGAAUUAGCUGAUCUAUCCAAAACAGAUACAGAUGAACAUCUUUUUGAAAAAAUAUUAACAGCAACUACAGCAGCUCUCUCUGUUCUAACAUUAUUGGAAAAUGCAGCUACUAGAAACACUAUUACUGAAUCAGAAAAAAACCAUUCUACAACUACAAAUUCUGAAAUCACAGCAAAACUAAAAGAACUUGCCACAAUGUCAAUAAAUGCAAGAGGUGUUACACAGAAACUUAAAAGCCAACUAAAAAAUAUUAGAGAAAAUAGCAGUCUGAACCAUAAACGAAAAUUCUGGGAAGAUAUAAACGCAUUUGUAAAAUCUAUAAUAGCUAUAGCUGCUUUAGCAAAAUUUAUUUCUACAGAAUUUUCAUUUUCAAAAUUAAUACUCUCAGGACUAUCUACAGUUACGAGAUCAACUAAAGAAUUAACUAUUUUACUUUCUAUAUCAUCCUUUAGAUCUACAGCAGAAUCACAAACAGCUACCGUACCACUAACGACAUUUUCUGAUAUGCCCCAGGAAACCACAACACCUAUAUCUACUAACCCUAUAACAUAAUCUAUUAAACUCGAAACAUUAACACAAAUAGAACAUAUUAUCUCCAUU